AUGGGCAUAGUGAAGGUCAUCCUUUUCACCAAGUUGAGUCAGCCUGAGAAUAACACCAUUGCAGAAGAAAACAGAGCCAAGACAAGACCUGGCAAGGAGGAAGACUGUCAGGUGCUCUCCAUUCAGAGCCAUGUCAUCUGUGGCUACAUGGGCAAUCAGGCGGUCACACUCCCACUACAUGUUUUGGGGUUCAAGAUUGAUGUAGUGAACUCUGUCCAGUUUUUAAACCACACAGGCUACUCACACUGGAAUGGCCAAGUGCUGAACUCAGAUGAGCUCCACGAGCUGUAUGACGGGCUGGAGCUGAACAACAUGAACAAAUAUAACUAUGUGCUCACAGGUUACAUGAAAGAUAAGUUCUUCCUGGCCAUGGUGGUGGACACCAGGAAGGAGCUGAAGCAGCAGAACUCCAGGCUCUUGGUCAUGUGCGUCCCCGUGAUGGGAGACAAGUGGAACAGAGAAGUUUCCAUCUACCUCCCUGAGGACCUUCUUCUGGUUUACAGAGAGAAGGGCAUGCCAGUUGCAGACAUCAUAACCCCCAACCAAUUUGAGACUGAGUUGCUGAGCGGCAGAAAGAUUCACAGCCAAGAAGAAGACUUAGCAGUGGUGAUGGACGUGCUGCACUUAAUGGGCCUCAACACAGUGGUCAUCACCAGCUUAGACCUGCCAUCCCCAAGGGGCAUUAACUACCUGAUCAUGCCAGGGAGCCAGAUGACCCAGAUCCCUGACGGCACCGUGAUGAUGCAGAGCAUCCUCAUGGAGAUGUGCAAGGUGGACACAGUCUCCAUAGGCACCGGGGACCUCUUCACUGCCGUGCUCUUGGCAUGGAUGCACAAGCAACUCAACAGUCUCAAGGUGGCCUGUGAAAAUACUGUGUCGGCCAUGCACCAUGUUCUGCAGCAGACCAUCAAGUGUGCAAAAGCCAAGGCUGUGGAAGGACUGAAGCCCAGCCCAGCCCAGCUGUAGCUGAGGACUGUCCAGAGCAAGAAGGACAUCAAGAACCCAGAGAUCAUCAUCCAGGCCAUAGUGCUGGGAGAGCCGUAUGAACCCACCUCCUUAACACCCAGCCCGGGCGACCACCCUUUGCCCGUGAAGUCUGCGGAGCGCCUCCUCCUCGGGCAGCGGGACCUGGCAGGCGGGGGCUGGGCGUGCAGCCGCCUGCCCGCUGUGCUGGCCGGCCUUGCCCCGGGGGCCGCGCGGGGCGGAGACUGGGCGGCGGGGGCGGGUGCCUGUCUAGGUGGCAGGUCCGCGCGCAGCCCUCGCCAGCCGAACCUCGCGGAGCAGCUGCCGCCACCGCGCGCCCCUGGCUCGGCCGCAGUGGCCUCUGGCCGGGUCUCCAGGGGGCAGCGACUCUGCACGCCGCAGGCUCCGGAAAGGAGGUGGGUGGCGAGGGGCCGGGACCAGGCUGGGAGGGGAGGCUGCGAUGGGCGCCAAAGGUUCCCGAGACCCCCGCCCCUGCCUUUCUACAGCCCCUUGCACUUAAAUGGCUGGUGA